AUGGCAGCUGACACAGGGCGAUACCGGACUGCAGUGUCCAAAAGCAAAGACCCGUCCAGUUUACUUAUCUCCGUUAUUAGGACCCUGUCUAGCAGUGACGAUGUGCAGGACAGGGAGACAGAGAAGGGUCGCCUGGAGGAGGCCUAUGAGAAGUGUGACCGUGAUCUGGAUGAACUCAUUGUUCAGCACUACACCGAGCUCACGACGGCUAUCCGCACCUACCAAAGCAUCACUGAGAGGAUCACCAGCUCUCGCAACAAAAUUAAACAGGUCAAGGAGAACCUGCUGUCAUGUAAGAUGCUGCUCCACUGUAAACGAGAUGAACUGAGGAAGCUGUGGAUCGAGGGUAUCGAACAUAAGCACGUCCUCGAGCUUCUGGAUGAGAUUGAGAAGAUCAAACAGGUCCCUCAGAAACUAGAGGCCUGCAUGGCCAGCAAAACCUACCUGGAUGCCACCGAAAUGCUGGUGUCAGCAGUGGAGUCUCUGGAGGGCCCUCUGCUACAGGUGGAAGGACUUGGUGACCUGAGGCUGGAGCUGCACAGCAAGAAGCUCAACAUUCAUCUAGUGCUGAUCGAUGAGCUGCACCGCCACUUGUACAUCAAGUCCACCAGCCGCGUGGGCCAGCGGGGCAAAGACAAGGGACGACCAGGGGGAUCUGGCCCAAAGGAUUCGUCCAGUUUGGAUGUCAGCCUGUCCACUCCACGCAAGCUCACAGAGUCCUCCCAGUUCAGCACUCCAGGAACAUCCAGCAAUUUGCCGGAUGCAAAGGAGGAUUUGGAUGUGGACCCGGAGGAGAACAGUGCUGAGUUUAUGGGAAUACUCAUCAAAGCCCUGGCCAAACUCAAGAAGAUUCCUGAGACCGUUAAUGCCAUCAUGGAGCGUCUGGAGCCAGAACUCAAGCAGAUUCUCAAAAGGUCUACAACACAAAUCGCAGAUCAAGCUUAUCAGAGAGGAGAGAGCCUGGCACAGGAAAACCAGUCAAGGCUGCUGCUGGAACUAUUGGAGUUGCUGUUUGACAAGUUUAACGCCGUGGCGACGGCUCACAGCAUUGUUCUGAACCAUCUGCGGAGGAUUAUGGCGUCUUCCAGUGGAGCGAGGGAGGGCAUUAAACUCUACGAGCAGGCUGAUGUCUCUGCCAAGAUCCAGACUGUGCUGCAGGUUCUGCUGAUGGACUACCUGGAUGUGAAGAACACCCGCAGUGCAGCUGAACCCUCCGCUCAGCUCUCCUACGCAAGCACCGGGGGAGACUUUGGAGCUUUCUUUGCCAAGAAGAAACCAGUCCGUCCAAAGCAGUCUCUCUUCAAGUUUGAAUCCUCCUCCCAUGCCAUCAGCAUGAGCGCUUACCUGCGGGAGCAGCGGCGGGAGCUCUACAGCAAGAGCGGAGAGUUACAAGGAGGAGCUGAUGAUAACUUGAUUGAAGGAGGUGAAACUAAGUUCUUGUGUAAGCCAGGAGCCAGGAACAUCACAGUCAUCUUUCAGCCUCUGCUCAGGUUUAUCCAGGAGAUCGAGCUGAACAUGGGGCCUGGAAAGCAGUGCCAACUUCGCACCUUCCUCACCUACUACAUCAACGAGCUGUUUCUGAAUCAGGUGCGCACCGAGACCAAUAAAGAGAUUGAGAGUGUCACCAAAGUUUCAGACCCGCUCAAAAUCCUGGCUAGUGCGGACACCAUGAAAAACCUGGGCGUCCAGAGACCUCUCCUCCAGAGCACUGUUAUAGUGGUGAAGUCCGUCCAGGAUCUAAUGAGUCUGAUGCAGGACCUCAGUGCAUACUCUAACCAGUUCCUGGAGAUGGUUUGUGACAAGCUUAAAGAGUACAAGGAGAUUUGCAACACUGCUUACAGAGGUAUUGUUCAGUCUGAAGAAAAGCUAACCAUCAGUGCGUCCUGGGCCAAAGAUGAGGACAUUAGCCGCCUGCUGCAGUCUCUGCCCAACUGGGGUAACAUGGCUCAGCCAAGACAGCUGCGACAGAAAAGAGAGGAUGAGGAGGAUUUUACACGAGUGGCUUUUGCUAAGGAAUCAGAGGUUCUGACAGGGAAUUUGGGAGACAAGCUGAUCCCUCCCAGUGAGAUUCUUCGGGACGUCAGCGACCUGAAGGCACUGGCUAAUCUGCAGGAGAGCAUGGAGUGGCUAGCUACUUCCCUUAAAGGCUUCUUGUCCAACUUAACUCUAAUCUCCAAUUUGUCUCCAGGCUCUGAUGUGCAGGUGAGCAGUGAGAGCGCUCGCAGUCGAGAGCACAUCCUGCAGACUCUUUCUGACCUUGCCAGGUCCUUCCAGGAUAUCGCUGAUCGCUGCCUGCUAGUGCUGCACCUGGAAGUCAGGGUGCACUGCUUCCACUAUCUCAUUCCGCUGGCCAAGCAGGGGAACUACGCCAUUGUGGCCAAUGCCGCCAGCAUGGACUACGACCCCCUGGUGGUCAAACUUAAUAAGGACAUCAGCGGCAUUGAGGAGGCGAUGGCAGCUGCCCUGCAGCAGCACAAGUUCCAGUACAUCUUUGAGGGACUUGGUCAUCUGAUCUCCUGCAUUCUGAUCAAUGGUGCUCAGUACUUUAAGCGUAUAAGCGAGUCUGGAAUAAAGAAGAUGUGCAGGAACAUCUUUGUGCUGCAGCAGAAUCUAACCAACAUCACCAUGUCGCGUGAAGCAGACCUGGACUUUGCUAGGCAGUACUAUGAGAUGCUGUACAAUACUGCUGAUGAGUUACUGAAUCUGGUGGUGGAUCAGGGCGUGCGCUACAGUGAGUUGGAGUACAUCAAUGCUCUGAGUCUGCUGCACCGGAGCCAGACGGGCGUGGGAGACCUGAGCGUACAGAACACCCGCCUGCAGCGCCUCAAAGAGAUCAUCUGCGAACAGGCUGCAAUCAAACAGGCCACCAAGGAUAAGAAAAUCACCACCGUAUAAACUCUCACUAAUGUAUGCACCUAACACAUGGCGCUUCACACAUCAUCGGUGCCACUGUGGUCAUUCCUCAGUAAAUGUCCUAUUUCAAACUUUCAUUAUCUUAUGUAGAAAUGUGCUUGUUUAUCACUAAAGUCUCAAAUUUCAUGCAUCGAUUCUCACAUAUUCAUGGCCAAAUUACAAUUCCACAUAAAACGAAGUUAUAAAAAUGUGCUGAGCAAAUAUAUUUCUGUUUACUGUUGAUUUUAUGUGACUUUUUUGCUGCAAUAAUGAUGAUAAAUGAAAGCAGAAUUCUAAAAUUCUGGAACAGUUACUGAAACAUUACUAAAUUACCUUUACUGAAUUUGCCACUUGUCUGGUAGCUAGCUGGAAAAAUGUUAAUUGGUGUGAUGCAAUUAGUUUUUUUUGGGUAUUUCUGAAUUAUAUGCUUAUUACCCCACAAUUACAAAAUAGUGAGAUUGCCAAUAAAUAAGAGUUCAUUGUAACCAUUUAGUUUCUGAUCCUGCUACUAUUUUGUCCUACAGAAAAGCCCAAAUUGGUUUGCUAUACAUAUACACUACAAUGAAAUUAUUUUUCCAUGUAUCGCAGCUUGUUUGGAAGCUGGGGUCAGAGCACAGGAUUGUCCAUUAUACGGCACCCCUGGAGCAGACCGGGUUAAGGGCCUUGCUCAAGGGCCCAACAGUGGCUGCAUAGCAGAGCCUGGAUUCAAACCGACAAUCUUAUGAUUGGUAGCCCAAAGCUCUACCCACCAGGCUACCACUGUCCCAUGUCAAUGCACGUCACUGUAGAGGUGUGGCAUCAUAACAUGAGAAGGUCUCGUGUGGAGUGUGAUAUAUUGAAAUUGAUUAUUAACCUUUUAAACAGUCACUGAUUCACAAAGAAGCUUUCGUGGAUAACUACCGGCUAGAAGUGAAAAACUGCCCACAGCACCCAUUAGCAGUGUCAGUGGUAAUUAAAUUGAGGAAAAAUAAGACCAGUAAAAAUGGCCAUUCUUAAAAAUAACAUCUAAUGUAGACCUCGAACUAGUUACUGCUUAGGGUAGCAAGUUUUCCCCUUGGUUUACCCAAAUCAUUCUUCUGUGGUGACUAGUGGGUGUUUCGUACCUCAAGUUUGCUUGCUUGGCUACAUGAGUAGGGUUACCAGAAAAUAGCCAGAGCAAAGCUUUUUGCUGAUUCUCAGUGCAGGCGGCUUCCACCAGCCAGCAAGGCCUGCAGUUGCAGCACUUCGGCCCUUCCACACUCAGACACAGUCACAUCUGUGUAGGUGUCUGGCCGGCCAGUAGUAUAGCUUAAGAUCUCAGCAGUGGUAGGCUAGCAUGUCAUACCUCUGCGACAGCUAAGAGUCCAUUUAGGGUAACCCUAAAUAAUGUGUUACCCUUAAUAAAAGGAUAGUGGCAUCAACAGACCUAUAAAUACAGUUCACGUAACAUUAAAUUGUAAGUUCUGUCUUUUUUUGCAUUUUACAAACCGGUGCAUUCGAAGGGGCUAGAGCACAGUCCUAAUCACUACUGAAUGUACUAUAGCUGAUGAUCCAAUCAGAAAGCAUUUCAUCUUUGCACACGUAUGCUCUGUAUGCGCUGGCUCACCUCCCCUAACACACACUAUUAAUCUUUGAUGAAACGAUCCCUCGGAGCACGUGCCGGCAGCUCUGUCCUCACCACGCGCGUUAAGCAGAUGGAAUCUAGACGCGUGACUUGAGGGUACUGUCAUCUCAUUUUCUUAUAAUCUAAAACCGCUGCUCUCAGUUAUAGAAGCUCCCACAUGGCAGCUUGUGUCCACAGUAACAGAUGCCAGAUUAGAGUGCUGGAAUUAUUAUUGGCCUGAUAACUCCCUCUGCUUUUGUUGAUUUGUUUUGUUCCCCUAAGCAAAGGAAAUGGGAAAUGACUAAGCUCAUUUGAACAUUCAGAUUUUCUUUCUUCUUUCUGGUUGUAUGCUGUGUAGUUUACACUGUACUUUAUUUAGAGCGAAUGCACAACUAAAACUGAUCUAUUUUAUACUGCUUAUGCUUUAGACCAUGAUUGACUUUUCUGUCCUCAUUUCCAGUCCACUGUAAAAUGCAAAACUAAUAAAAAAUGCCAUGCUGGGCCUGUGCCCUAUGCCUGAACCAUGA